AUGGAGAAAAUGGGGCAGACCACGCCAAGAAAGAUUACGGAUUUCUUUAAUCGUCCCGGAUUCGCUAACCUAAAUCAACAUCUUACUCCGGAAAAGAUACGAUUUCAGCCCCGCGAUUCGCAGUCAUCCCCGCGGACCUCGUCAUUUAUUGAUCUCACUAUUGAACCCGACGAUGGCCCAGGCGACCAGCUCAAGUCGUCGCUUAGCCAAUCAGUAAAUGAUAGAGCCUCCACCCCCACGCCGACGCAAAGCUUCCAAAGUGUUCAAAGUACGGACGAAGCCUUACCGUCAUCGGUGAAUGGAGGUCAUCAACCGUCCCAGCGCAUUAUCAAAGGGGGAAAGGAAGUUGUCAUCAGCUCCGAUGGAGAAGAAUCGGAUUCGGACAGUUCAGUAUUUGACCCUGCUCUAAUAUUUGGAAAGGCAGGCAAGAAGCCUGACCCACCCAAAUUUCUCUCUGCGCCGAGACAUAUCACAACAACACCAAAGAAAUACAAAAAUAACAUCGACUCCCUCGUACACGAGGCUGUUGAUGAUGAUGAGAUAGAAGCCAAUGUCGCCAAGGAGAAAGCCGCCUUCGAUGCUCUGCGCAAUGCCACACGGAAGAUAUCUGAUACUGGUGGGAACACCGGCCUACACGAAGAUAUGUUGACGUCAGUGCUGGGAGAAAAUGAAGACGAUGAUGGCAUGGGUGCUCGGCGUCUAAUGGAUGCUGUUCGAAGAACCGACGCUCUUAAUAUAGACAAAGUCUGGCGGUUCUUAAAUCAAAACCAGGCGGCGCCAGUUGGGGUAGAAUUUCCCAAGAAUCUAUUCAAUCUCGAUUCGCAACUAGCAUCUCUACAUGAGCCUGAGUCCCGAGAACGUGCCUUUCAAUCUGGCUUUCUUGAAUUUACGGCCUCAUUGCAACGCCUACCAGAUGAGUUCAUGCUGUGGCUUCUUCGCUCUGUCCCUCUUGAGCCUCGGGAAGAGUUGAGACAAGCCUACGUUAGGGUGUUGACGGUCAUUCCAAAACAACCCGAUGCUGCACGGAUAAAAUCUAUCAUUCGUCCGGAUCACAUCAAUCAACUUUUUGAAUCACUGGGCGCAAAACCACAAGCUUUAAGCAUUUCGGAACCCAUCGUUGAAGACUCAUACGAUCCAAGCUACCACGAGCCUGCAUUGAAGGAUCGUGCCAUUCUACUUUCUAUCUUCCAUUUGCUUCGGGAUGCUGCUCAAUUGUUUGCCAACGACACCCGGGAGCAUGCAAUUCAAAUCCUGCUGCGCAUAACUUUGGACACUUCACUUACGGCAAACGACAUGAUCCGCUCGGAACUUCAAAGCUGUGUCGGUGCCCUUUUGCAAAGCGUACCGAAACCCGAUGCCGAGGAGACGGAACAUCGAAUCUGUACGACCAUAUACGAGACCUUUCGGGAUUCGCAAUUUCAAAGUCGCAUGCUGCAACACAUUCUCCCUACGACUAUGUGGAUAUCGCGGCUCCGAUACCGUCUCGCCGUGGCAUUCUUACUUCGAAACCCCUCUCCGUUGAUGGAACCCAUCCAGGAUGUCCUGGAUCUGCAACGCCUGGCUGGCUCUUUAAUUGGUGAUGAGCGGUUCCACGUGAAAGUACACAAGGCAAAGGGUGACUAUGACUAUGGCGAAUUAACAGCCAACGCCAUCCUUUUGGACAUCGCUAUCAACACUACUCUAUAUGAUUUGAGAUACAGGCAAGACAAGACAGACGAGGAUUUCAACGAGGCCGUUGAUGCUCUCGCAAAGCGGAUCAAGAGAAUUUUCAACUCGAUCGAAGACACUGGAGCUUCCCACCUGAAACGGAUGUUGGCCAAAGAAACACUUGAAUCCGUCCAUUACCGCAUGGUCUACUCCGUCCGGUCCCGACCUCAGCCUAAGAAUACCUUGUUCGCACCAUAUGCGAAAAAGACGAAUGGCAAUAUUCAAAGUCAUUUUUUUAAGACCAAGACCAUAGAUCCGCUUGAUGAAACAUCGAUGCCGAUCCGUCGACACGGAUGA